UUGUUCGUGUGCUGUCUCCGCCACCCCCCCCUUUCGCCGCCGCCGCCGCCGCCGCCCCGGGCAUGUCGUCCAACUGCACCAGCACCACGGCGGUGGCGGUGGCGCCGCUCAGCGCCAGCAAAACCAAGACCAAGAAGAAGCAUUUCGUGUGCCAGAAAGUGAAGCUAUUCCGGGCCAGCGAGCCGAUCCUCAGCGUCCUGAUGUGGGGGGUGAACCACACGAUCAAUGAGCUGAGCAAUGUCCCUGUCCCUGUGAUGCUAAUGCCAGAUGAUUUCAAAGCCUACAGCAAGAUCAAGGUGGACAAUCAUCUCUUCAAUAAGGAGAACCUCCCUAGCCGCUUCAAGUUCAAGGAGUACUGCCCCAUGGUGUUCCGAAACCUGCGGGAAAGGUUCGGGAUUGAUGAUCAGGAUUAUCAGAACUCCGUGACACGCAGUGCCCCCAUCAACAGUGAUAGCCAAGGCCGGUGUGGCACACGUUUCCUCACCACCUACGACCGGCGUUUUGUCAUCAAGACUGUGUCAAGUGAAGAUGUAGCUGAGAUGCACAACAUCCUAAAGAAAUACCACCAGUUCAUAGUGGAGUGUCAUGGCAACACCCUUUUGCCGCAGUUCCUGGGCAUGUACCGCCUGACUGUAGAUGGUGUGGAAACCUACAUGGUGGUCACCAGGAAUGUGUUCAGCCAUCGACUUACUGUACACCGCAAAUAUGACCUCAAGGGUUCUACUGUCGCCAGAGAAGCGAGUGACAAGGAGAAGGCUAAGGACUUACCAACAUUUAAAGACAAUGACUUCCUCAAUGAGGGACAGAAGCUUCACGUGGGAGAGGAGAGUAAAAAGAACUUCUUGGAGAAGCUGAAGCGGGAUGUUGAGUUCCUGGCCCAGUUGAAGAUCAUGGACUACAGCCUGCUGGUGGGCAUCCAUGAUGUAGACCGGGCUGAGCAGGAGGAGAUGGACGUGGAGGAGCGGGCAGAGGAGGAGGAGUGUGAGAAUGACGGGGUGGGCAGCAGUCUGCUCUGCUCCUAUGGUACACCUCCAGACAGCCCUGGCAACCUCCUCAGCUUUCCCCGGUUCUUUGGUCCUGGCGAAUUUGACCCCUCUGUUGAUGUGUACGCCAUGAAAAGCCAUGAAAGUGCCCCCAAGAAGGAGGUCUACUUCAUGGCCAUCAUUGAUAUCCUCACACCUUAUGAUACUAAGAAGAAAGCUGCACAUGCUGCCAAAACAGUGAAACACGGGGCAGGGGCUGAGAUUUCAACUGUGAACCCGGAGCAGUACUCAAAACGCUUCAAUGAGUUCAUGUCCAACAUCCUGACGUAGUUCUCUUCUACUUUCAGCCAGAGCCAGACUGCUGGAUACGGGGUCAGGGAUCGGGAGAGGGAAAGGGUGUAUUUGGGCUAGAUGGGGUGGGGUGGGGGGUCAGGAGGGGCUUGAGCAAUGACACUGCAGCCUGUGACAAAGAGCGACUCAAAGUGGAGAGGAUGGGGAUGUGUUAUGGGUGCACAUGCUCACAGGUGUAACCUUAUCUUCUGCUACCCUUGAUUUUUAAUAUUUUUCCCCCUAUUUGAUCCAGGUUAAAAAGGGUUCCCUUCUUGGUAUCUUGUAACCUUUUAAGAUACCUUAGGGUUAGAGAUGACUGUGAGUUUACUGUUUCUGAAAUCCAUUGCUCCAGGUUUGCUAUUUAUAAUGCUGUACGUCAUCACCCUUGCCAUCCUCCCCACCCCUGCUCUCAGCUCACUUCAAUUAAAGAGCACGCAACAGGCCCAGUCCGAGGCACCUCAAACAGCAAAUGCUCUGAUGCCGUGUGAAGAGGUCAGACACUUCAGCCCUACCACACCUGAUCUGACCUGGAUUAACUUUUUAAUUUACGGAGUAUUGUGCAUAAUUUCCUUCAUGCCUCCAUGUCGGAUCCAAGUGAAACGCUGCGUUUAUCCUCCAGCCUGUCCUCUAGUGUUGUCCUCUCAAAGGAGCACUGCAGGUCGGCCCCGACGUCUUGGCCCAGAGUCAGAGGCCUCAGAGGGAAGCAGGCUCAUCCUCAUGAGAUGGUGAGCAACAAGGGAGCCACUGACCCUUCUGACAGCUGGUUCAGAGAACCUGGUGACCAGCAGCCAAGCCCCCUUCGCUCCAGACCCUGGAUUUCUGAAGUUCUGUCAAGCUUGACUCCCAGUGGCUCAAGAGGAACUAGAAAGCACCUUUGGAUCUAUAAGGACUCUUUUGUUUCAGUGGUUUCCCUUUGGGAAAAUCCCAGAAACUAAUGCGUGUCAAAUGAGGUCUUGUGUGCAACAUCCAUUUCUUUCCUCCCGACCUUUGGGUGCAGUCACUUAGAGCUGGCAUAGGGCCAGGGGCAGAGUCCCAAGCACCUGGGUGCUCUUUUCAGAGACACCACUCCAAGCUCCAGCCUACCAUGUAGGUGACUAGCUCCUUGUGCCCAUGGUUUCUCACCUGGACAGCUAUAGCCAGCAAGGUGCCUCACCUUAGAGUAUGGCAUCCAUGCCUGAGGUUGUUCCCAAGUCACUUGAGGAGGUGACCCAGGAAAUCUUAUUUGGCGACCUAAUGUGGGACUUGACCCAUCCCCAGCCUCAGUGCUGAUUCUCCUUACUGCCCCCUCUGAUCUUGGGGCAGAUCUGUAACCUGGAAGCCUCCUUAGGAGUAACAUCUUACAGUUUCCUUCAGGACUUUCACCAGGCUCUCAGAAGAGAGCUACAUGAGUCUUUCUGAUGCCGCCAGAGCAGCCAGUUACCAGGAGGGAAGAUGGCCCUGCUGUUCUGCGUUGGGGGAGGUACAUUCCCCCAGUGUAUUUGGGGUGGGUGAUGGUAAAAUUUGUAGAUAACCCCAAAGAUGUGAAGCUGGUGUGUGGAACCAUCUUGGAUGAAUAGAUGGCUUCCUGUGGCUCCCUCCAAAACUGGCCAACCUCAGCCCCAGGAGCAAGAGCCACUGUUCUCCUCACCUAGCAUUAAGUUAGCAAGGAAUUAAGAUAGGGCUGCCGGAUUGGGUGGGAGCCAGGCCCCUGCCCUGGCCCCAAGAAGGGUGCAGUUCCUUCUGAACAACCACAGUAGGACUGUUCAGGGUCUUGGGAAGAACUCAGAACCAUGUGGCUCAUGGAGAAACAGUUUUAACUUAGGAAAGGGAUUAUGUAGGAAUAAUGUCUGGACUUGAUUUCCCCACCUCAUAAUCAAGAGUGAAGAUCUGGAUCUGUCCCAGUCAGGCCCGAGCUUGGAGAGUUGUCGUACAGCUCCACAGCCUUGAGGCUCCUGGGCCUCUGGUGUUUUGAUCCUCCUGGCACAAUGGCCGUAAUGUGUAUGAAAAGUAUAACACAAUCUUCUCAAAGCUACUACCAGGUAUCUAACUUGCUUAACAUUGAGUUUUUGUGUUUUUUUUUUAUACUGUUUACAUUUUGAGAAGGUAGCAUUCUGUUUCAAAUGCUCUUUUUUUUUUUUUUUUUUUCUGACAGUAUUGUUGAUUGGUUCAAAAUAUUUGCGCUGUGGUUUGGUGGAUUUUAGAUGUUUGUUUUAAAGGUCAUUCUCUGUGCUAUCUUCAGAACCUUGGGUUUGGCCCUCUGAAUUCCUUUGGCAUUCAUAUGUUUAAAAGCUAUUUAUCUUGGUUCAUACAAGUUUUCUUUUUGUAUUGACAAAGAUGUGCUAUUUUGGCUUGCAGUCUACAAGUGAACUGACCCCCCCACAUACAUUUAUCUGCUCCCUCUUUUCUGAGUCCCACCAUUCACUUUUUGGGUGACAAGUGUAUAGAGGAAAAGUGAAGACCCUUAACUUCACUCCCCAAGGCCAUGAAGAAAAAGCUAACCUUUCUUUUGGCAUCCCAGACCAAUCUUGGGUCUCCCAGGAACAAAGGUGUAAGAAUAAAGACAGGCUGGUUAGAUGGCCUGGAUGGAAAUGGGGGCAGGAUUCCGUUCCCAUUCCUCCACUGGGCAGCACAUGUAACAACUUCCCAGGUCCCCACCUGUCCUGGGGAAAUUCUACAGAUGAGAAACUGUCUCGCAGCUCUCUGAAGUGAGGGGCACUGUGAAAAGUCCUGUGACAAAUGAGCUGGGGCUGUGUUCCUGUUAAUUGACCACUGGGUCUGUGUCCCUAGCACACCCUCCCCCCCCCCCGGUUUAUUUGGGGGUUGGGAGGCGGGAGCCAGCAGUUUCAUUGCAGCGUUCAAUCUCUCCUUAUCUAGCUCAGGGGUUACUUGUGGCCGGGGCCACGAGAGGUCCCCCCCGCAGCUGUUCUCAGUGGCACAGGCAGCUCUUCCUCUCCAUCCCUCUUCCUACUUUGCUCACUAGGCCUGAACAGAUACCCUGGCAGUGCUCAGGCCCAGAGAUGGACUUUCCCCUAAAGACUUUCCCUCUCCACUGUAUGCUGGGCCUGCCUUGGGGAGGUGGACCCAAGACCCAGGACUUUCUCAGUAGCCAAUCCCACCCUGCAGUUGUCUUGUUACAAUUGUUUGGAAGAAAGAAAACCUUAGCUCCAACACUUGAGCUACUAAAGUGCUGGGGCCUGAAGGGACCGUGUAUGUAAACAACCCUCAGAGCUCUGGCCUUAGACCUGUGGCUCCUAGCACGCUUAGAAACCUUACCUCUUUGCGGCAGUAAUAUAGGGAGGGCGGCUCUCAAGGGAAACACAUUUUAGACAACUACCCCCGAAAUCUGCCAGCCAUGGCCCUAGCCUUCCACUGAAAUGUACCACUUAGGAAGAGUGACUCCAAGGGAAAAGGAGGCUGGGUAGGAAAGGUCUAGAGGAGCCUUUGCCUUGCUGACAGCCGUUUGGUGAGGUGUAAGGGGGAGACCCUCUGCUCAGCGCAUCAUAAAUGCAAAAUGUGAAAGAAGUUUUGAGUCACCUUUUGGGAAAGCAGGAUAAACUACCACCCCCAGCACAUGUGUGACUUCUCAAUUUCCCACUGCAAGUUCCAUUUUUUUUUUAAAUAGGAAUUUUCAACCCCCCGUGCUUGUCUAAUGUCUGAUCUGAACAGUUCGAGAUCCUGUUACUGUUUUAAAAUGCAUGCAUGUUAAAAUGAAUCUCCAGCCCGAGGAAAAAAUAAAACUCGAAAAGCUUUGUGUA